AUGGUGGUGGGAAAGAAGCUGCCACGCUGUCCGGGCGAUGUGUCACCUCGCGUGGCAUCCCAUCAUCACAUUGACCUCGCCCUCGCCGGUCAUCCGUGUUUCCAGGCCAAGGGCUUCGAGAGCGAAUAUGAGCAAUAUGUUUUGAGGACCAGGCAAGCGCGAUAUUCUCGUCAUAUGCACCUGUUCCACUGCAUAUCCUUGUGCGGCAUCGCUGUCAAAUGUAGGAACGCAUGCCUUCGCCACUCGAACUCGGAGCCGACACCCAAACGUACAGUGAGAGCUUCGCCCCCGCUCUUGGCCUCGGCGCCAGUCGCCCCAGCUAGCGCGCACGUCCGCGAGGAUGCUAAGACCGAAGCCGAUGGGCGGCGCCUGCAUUAUUCAGGAAAUGUGUGCAAGUCAGCGAGGACUCGACAUCUUGAAUACAAACUCGGCUCGCUUCCAUGGACGACGCUUAUGCGUCAUAACCAUGCGCCGCUUGGUGGCGCUGCGAAAGAGGCAAGGGAAAGUUUUACGGAAUGGAAUUCCCGAUGCCAAUCACUGUUCCGGGACUUAUCCGCGCCAUCAAGAGCUUGCACCGGCCGGCGAGAGCAUAUCGACGACGACCUACGGUACCCUCUAGCCGGGAGGGACGACGUGUUGUCGCAGUCUUUCCCCGACUACAUCCCGAUGCGCGUCAUGAAAGGCGCCAGUAGAGCUCAUCACCUUCUCUUUGUCUGGCUCUGCACCUUGGCGGCGCUACCGCCGCCGGCACAGAGUCUUGAAAUCGACAAUGACGCCGUGUACGCCCCCCGGCGCCUUAUAUGCUGCCGCGCGCCAGCUCGCGCGACCACUGCACACUGCCUCUGGACGAACCGGCUCGUAUAG